UCCCUCUUUCUCUUCCCGACCAGCGACAAAGAUCAUCGUGGAUUCCCGAUUCUGCCCCCACCAAACCCUCAAAUUCUCUGCUAAUUUAUAGAAAAAACUGUUUGGGAUUUGGCAUUUUUCUUAUGGCGGACUCAGAUAACGAAUCGGGGGGACAUAACAAUAGCGGAGGGAACCUUCAUAGCGAAACGUCUGCGCGUGAACAGGACAUGUUCCUGCCAAUCGCCAACGCAAGCAGGAUCAUGAAAAAGGCGUUAAUGGCGAACGCAAAGAUCUCGAAAGGCGCUAAAGAAACAGUCAAUGAAUGCAUCUCGGAGUUCAUCAGUUUCAUCACCGGGGAAGCUUUCGACAAGUGCCAGCGUGAGAAGAGAAAGACUAUUAACAGGGAUGAUUUGCUUUGGGCCAUGACGACGCUGGGUUUUGAGGAAUACGUGGAGCCCCUGAAGAUUUAUUUGCAGAAGUACAGGGAGAUGGAGGGCGAGAAGAGCAACAUGGGAAUGGGAGAAAAGGAUAGAGCCAGCGGUGGUUCAUCCGGCGGGACAAGUGGAAGCGGAGGAGAGGGUAGCGGUGGGGGUGGAGUUCGUUCGGGUGGCGGUGGGUUUAAUGGAGGAGGGAUAUACGGAGGGAUGAUGAUGAUGGGUCAUCAUCAAGGUCACAUGUACGGCUCCGAUGGGUUUCAUCAUCAGAUGAGUAUGGAGACACGAGGUGUGGUCGCCGACGCCAGUGACUAAGCAAGAGGUGGAGCUGCCGUGAGGUGAAGGUAGAAGAU